UUCACCACCAACGUCACUCUCUACAGUGCGUAUCCUCCCAGCAUCACUCGACCGACCCCACUUUAUUGCCCUCAAGUUUUUUGUACUUUGCGCCUGCUGCCACCAGUCCCGCAAUCUCAGCUCCUCCAACACAAUAUUUCUAGUGCAUGAGGGGCCCGCUUGCGGUCGUCGCCUCUGCACCUAAAGCGUAGAGAUGGCGGUUAACAGGAUAAGAGGGGCCUUUGCGGUGCCACGGAAGGGAGAAACCUUUGAGUUAAGGGCCGGCUUAGUGUCCCAAUAUGCGUACGAACGGAAAGAAGCGAUCCAGAAGACAAUCAUGUCCAUGACCUUAGGCAAAGAUGUGUCUGCUCUAUUCCCGGACGUGCUGAAGAAUAUCGCAACGGGGGACCUAGACCAGAAGAAGCUUGUCUAUCUGUAUCUCAUGAACUACGCCAAAUCACAUCCCGACCUCUGUAUCCUCGCAGUGAACACGUUCGUCCAAGAUUCCGAAGAUCCUAACCCUCUUAUACGCGCUCUGGCAAUAAGGACGAUGGGAUGUAUUCGCGUGGACAAAAUGGUGGACUACAUGGAGGAGCCCCUACGGAAGACGCUGAGGGAUGAAUCCCCAUACGUUCGGAAAACCGCAGCGUUGUGCGUCGCAAAGCUCUUCGACCUAAACCCUCAGAUGUGCCUGGAAAACGGAUUUCUAGAGCAACUGCAAGAGAUGAUCGGAGACCCCAACCCCAUGGUGGUGGCGAAUGCCGUCACAGCACUAGUGGAGAUUAGAGAGACUGCGCCAGAAACUAAAGCCCUCGUCAUUACUCCUGCAACGCUGAAGAAGAUGCUUAUGGCGCUCAAUGAAUGCACAGAGUGGGGUCGGGUUACCAUAUUGACUACUUUGGCAGAUUAUAAGGCUGCAGACGUCAAAGAAGCUGAGCACAUCUGUGAAAGAGUCUCUCCACAGUUUCAGCAUGUCAACCCUAGUGUUGUGUUAGCCGCCGUCAAGGUCGUUUUCCUCCAUAUGAAGUUCACUUCCCCCGAACUAGCCAAGUCAUAUUCGAAGAAGAUGGCACCCCCACUAGUUACCUUAAUAUCAUCUGCACCUGAAGUCCAGUAUGUCGCUCUCCGGAACAUUGAUCUUCUUCUUCAGAAGCAACCGGACAUCCUUAGCAAGGAGAUGCGCGUUUUCUUCUGCAAAUAUAACGACCCACCUUACUUGAAGCUGCAGAAGCUUGAGAUCAUGGUACGGAUAGCGAACGACAAGAACGUCGACCAACUGUUGGCAGAGUUGAAAGAGUAUGCUAUGGAGGUCGAUAUGGACUUUGUUAGGAGGGCUGUCAAAGCUAUUGGCCAGGUCGCAAUCAAAAUUGAGAGCGCUAGCGAAAAGUGCGUCAACACUCUCUUGGAUCUGAUCAACACCAAAGUCAACUACGUCGUACAAGAGGCAAUAGUGGUCAUCAAGGACAUCUUCCGGAGAUAUCCCGGCUACGAAGGAAUAAUACCUACGCUCUGCCAAUGCAUCGAUGAGUUAGACGAACCAAAUGCGAGAGGAUCCCUUAUUUGGAUUGUGGGAGAAUAUGCAGAGAAAAUCAGCAACGCCGGGGAGAUUUUGUCCGGAUUUGUGGACGGAUUUGCUGAAGAGUUCACUCAGACGCAAUUGCAGAUCCUUACUGCCGUCGUUAAACUCUUCCUGAAGAAGCCAGACCAGUCUCAAGGACUAGUACAGAAGGUCCUCCAAGCGGCGACGGCGGAGAAUGACAAUCCCGAUAUCCGUGAUCGAGCCUACGUCUAUUGGCGGCUACUAUCAAGUGAUCCCCAAGUUGCAAGGAACAUCGUCCUCUCCGAUAAGCCGCCCAUCACAUCAACAAUCCAAUCACUGCCACCUAAACUAUUGGAACAGCUGCUCGCCGAACUGUCAACGCUUGCCUCCGUAUAUCACAAGCCUCCAGAGGCCUUCCUGGGCCAAGGCCGAUUCGGCGCAGAAGCGAUGCAAAAGGCAGCCAUCGAGGAGCAACAGCAAAAUGCAAGGGAGAAUCCGAUCGCGGCUGCUGCUGUCGCUGCUGCUGCAAGUGGUGAAACGGCUCCACAAACCAAUAUGGAGAAUCUCCUCGACAUAGAUUUCGAUGGCGCAGCACCAGCCUCGUUACAGAAGCAACCCUCAUCGGGAGAAUCUGGGUUGGAAGGCCUUGCUGGUACACCCCAACGUGUUGCCUCACCAGCUGCAAACGCACCCGCGGCCUCAAACAUGGACGACCUCCUGGGCUUGUUUGGAGACGGUGGUGGUGGAGGCGCCUCCAACGCGCCAAUGAGCAACGACGAUAUAAUGAAUGGAUUUGCGGGGUUGAACCUUGGUGGUGCAACGCAGCCUCCUCCUGCCAGCCAGCAGCUGAGCGGCCAAACAGGACAGAAGAGUAGCCAGGAGCUGUUGGAUUUAUUCUAGGACAUGGGUAGGAAUUGGCUCGGUGUACAGCGCAAUAUCAAGCGAAGAGUCUCAGGAAAGAGCAUAGGGUGGCGCAUGAAAGGACACAGUACGGUAACGCUGUACUGUACGAAGUGAUAAGUAGAUUCAAGCAGUAGAAUCAACCUGAAUGGCUGGCUCACUUCAGGGUAUGAGUUCC